AUGGAUAAGAUGGACGCCAAAAAGAUCAGUGGAGAACCCGAAUCCGAAUCCAAAUCCCAUUCAGUCGCUUUAAUGGCCUCGUCAUCACUACCAUCCCUUCCUUCAGAAAUAUGGUUUGAUCAUAUUCUAACACGAACAUCGCUCGAAAGUCUAGGCCGGUGCAGGCUGGUUUCAAAGGAGUGGAAUCACAUCACGUAUGACUCAAGGUUCUGGCAAUUUCUUUGCGAAAGAAGUGGCACAGUUUCGGGGUUUCUAGUCGAGAAUCGGGUCAAAUAUGGGAAAACUUUACAAACGUUCGUGUCUGUUGAUAAUAAGGCAAACAAGAAUUUGACACACUCAGUUAUGGACUUCAUGCCUGUCCCAGUGCGCAUUGAAGCUGUGAGUCGUCAAGGUCUAGUGUUUUGUAUGAGCGAAAAUAAUUACCAACUUUUUGUCUGCAAACCUACCACUAGACAAUGGGAAAAGUUACCGAAUCCAAGGAACAGGUAUUUCACUUCGACGACUGCCAUAGUUGUGUUAAGUUCAAAGCCUCUAAGGUACAAGAUUAUUCAGAUUUCAAGAGCCCGGUAUCCCUUCUUCAAGGUCAAGUCAACACAGUACUUAAAGUGGAGAUUUGAGGUGUUUGAUUCAAACACUUGGGAGUGGAGGCAGUUGAAGGAUGUAAGCUUACCUUAUUCUAUUUGCUUAUACGGCUUUAACCGGCGCUACAUAUCAGUAUGUGGUGGAUUCUAUUGGCGAUUAGCGGACAACAAAAUUUUUGCUUUUCAUUAUGAAGAUGAUAAAGAGAGUUGGGAACUAUUUGAUUUACCACAGCCGGUGAGGGAUUGUGAGGGUUUAAGUUACAAUCGACUCGUGGAGUACCAAGGCCGGCUUGGAUUGAUUUGCAUCUAUAGGGAGUCCAUGGACCUGUGGGUUAUGGAAGAUCAUGAAAAAAAAGUAUGGAGAAAGAUACGGAGAUUGAGCAUGGAAGGGCUUAAAGAAGUGGAGGGCUAUUGUCCUCCCCCUGUAUCAUUUUACAGCAGUGAUAUUGCACUUGUGAAAGGGCACGAAAAACUCAUAUUUUACAAUUUUCGAGAUUCUAGUUCUAAUGUAGUGAGAUUAGGGUUUGAUCCUAGUGAAGUUUUCAAGCUGCUAUCGGAUUCUGAGAGAGUUAAUUUGAGGGGUACCUGUCCGUAG